CAUCUCGAAAAGAAAACCCAUAAAGGAAAAACUGGUAUGGGCGCUCUCUCACCUCCAAAGCUUCCCUUGAUAGAUUUUUGCAAAAAUGACAUGAAGCCUGGAAGCGCUGAUUGGGAUUCAGUACAAAGAGAGGUUGUCAAAGCACUUGAAGAGUACGGUUGUUUCGAGGCUCGAUAUGAUAAGAUCAGUGUCGAGCUUCACGAUGAGGUCUUCAGACAAGUGGAAGAUUUGUUCAAUCUUCCGGCCAAGACGAAGCGCCGUUUUGUCGACCCUCGAAAGCCAUACGACGGUUACAUCACAAACUUACCUAAUUUGUCUCUAUAUGAAGCAAUAGGAAUCUCCGGCAUGCUGGACUCUGGAGGCAUUCAAAAGUUAGCCAAUCUCAUGUGGCCUCAAGGAAAUCCAAAAUUUUGUGAAACGCUGACUUCAUAUGCAAUGAGGCUCUCCGAGUUGGAAUCACUGAUCACCAGGAUGGUGUUUCAAAGCUUAGGCGUGGAGAAAUAUCUUGACUCGCAUACCAAAUCCUUGAACCACUCAAUCCGAGCCAUGAGGUACAAAUCGCCGAUGACUCAGGAGCCUCAGGUCGGGGCGAGCUCGCACUGUGAUAAGAACUUCUUGACCAUACUUCAACAAAAUCAUGUGAACGGAUUGGAGGUGCAAACGAAGGAUGGAAGGUGGUCUGCAGUCGCGCCUUCAGCUUCCACCCUCGUGGUCAUGGUUGGAGAGUCAUUGCUGGGAUGGAGCAACGGCCGACUGCACUGCCCCAGACACCAGGUGAUGAUGAGUGGGAAUGAGACGAGGUAUUCGAUCGGCUCGUUCUCGGCCAUAAGAGGAGUGAUCGAGUGCCCAUGCGAGCUGGUGGACGAGCAGCACCCCUUGCUCUUCAAGCCCUUCGACGAAGUUGGUCUGCUCCGAUUCAGCCUGACGGAACAAGGCCACGAGGCCGAGUCAACUCUCAAGGCCUACUGUGGUGUUUGAACAUGUCGAACUAUUAUACUUCGGGAACGCUCUGCUUUUAUUAUUGAAGGAGCUAUCGAUGAAUACUAUUUGCAAUAUUGGAAAUUCCUUGUUUGCAAGUUCGAGUGUGUUUGUUCUUGUA